AUGGGAAAGCAACAAGCUUCAGUUGAUGGAAUACAAAAGGAACAUAACCAUAAACUCAACCCCGACAAGGAUUUGGUGGUGAAAAGGGGUAGAAUUAUCAUACAAUAUUACGAGUUUAAUUAUGACCCAUCUCGGAUCUACUCUACCGGAAAAAUCUACUUAAAAAAUGGCAAAGAAGAAGAGGCUCGAUUUUUUAAAUACGAGAAAUCGGAAGAGGACUUAGCAAAGAAGAUAUUUACCCUGACUUCCAAGUUGGCUUCCAAGUUAGGAAAUUAUGAGCCUGUGUAUGUCUUGAAACCUCACUUCCUCACCUAUUAUGAACCGCAAAAUAUUUGGAUUUUGUGCUACGAAAAAUUCGAUCAUCUUCUAAGUGAAAUGAAGAUGGAUGUUGAGGAUUUUGUAGAAGGAGCUCGUAUUCUAUCUCUUUGGUGGCGCUAUUCGAUUCGGGACGUUUUACGAACAAUAAAAUAUAUACAUUCUCAUAAUAUGUUUCAUAAUGGUUUGAACGAAACGUACAAUUAUGUUGUUGUUUCCGGUCAAAUCAAGAUUAUUAACAUCCACAGUAAUGUUAAAGAUCUCGAAGAUCCUGUACAUCCAUCAAAAUUACAGGCGUUGAGAAUGAAGGACUUAAUAGCGUUUAGGAACAUGCUAAAGGAGAAAAUAAUGUUGCCAGAAGUCCCAUGGGUUGAUCGUGAUUAUUUCUUUGCUUUCUUUGACAAAGAAGAUGAAUUGUACCCUAUGUUUGUCGAGAAACUAGCAAGCCAUCCAUUUUUAUUGACUCCGGCUGAAAGAAUGGAGUGUUUUAACGAUAUAUAUAAAUCCGCUUUCGAAAGCAAUAAGUUCAAGACAAUUUUAAAUGGUAGAACAUUCCUUAAGUAUAGGAACUGGAAUAGGAAAGAUAUGGCUCGUGAGUUCCAAAAGGUUUAUAAACGUUCCAAUUCGAAAUAUAACUGUGAAUGUGUCUGGGAUCUUCUAGAAUUUUUGAGAGAUAUAUAUCUCGAUCUUCCUCGUAAUAUGAAAGCUGUGGACGCUGAGGUCAAAAGAUUGUACCCUAAUUUCUUGAAUGAGAUAUUUGCCAUCGACUGA